UUAUACGACAGACAAGAGUUCCUCUUCUCCGCGGUGACUUCCAAGAACCCCGAUAAAAACCCCCAAAAGCCCACCAUUUUCCCGUUUGGGCAAAACCCUCUGCGAAACCCUGGAACAUAGGAGUUCAAGGGAAAGAGAUACGGAGAGGCAUGAAGGAAGAAGACGCGGGCCCACCCAAUAGGGAACUGUACGCACUGCUUCACUUGUCACCGGAAGCCUCCGACGAAGAAAUCCGGAAGGCUUAUCGCCAAUGGGCCCAAAUCUAUCACCCUGACAAGUACCAAGCCCCCCAUAUGAAAGAUAUUGCUACAGAGAACUUUCAACGGAUAUGUGAAGCAUAUGAAAUUUUAUCAGAUGUAACUAAAAGACAAAUAUAUGAUAUCUAUGGUAUGGAAGGCCUGACUUCUGGUUUGGAGCUUGGUCCGAAGCUUAAUAAGGUAGAAGAGCUAAAGGAAGAACUUGAAAGGUUACGGCGAAGAAAAGAAGAAGAAAAGACUUUUGCACACUUCCGCCCUUCUGGGACAAUUCUAGCGAAAAUCUCUUUGCCACACCUUCUACAUGGUGAUCGUAUCAUGCAAGGAAUGGCUAUGGCAAGUGAAGUGGAGUCUCAGCUAUCAAAACGCAAUGCCAUAUCAAUUGGUGGAAAUUUGGCAGUCAAUGGGAAUUCUGGAGGUGGAGUUGCUACUGGUGUGUUCAGGCAUCAGAUAUCUCCAGUUUCUUCUGUUCAAUUUAUGGCUUCAGCUGGUUUACGGUCACUAAUUGGGGUGGAAACAUCUCGUCAGCUGUCUUUGCACUCAACUGCAACAAUGGGCAUUGUAAUGUCUUUGAAAGAUGGUUCAUUGAAUCUUUCCAAUUCCUGGACCCGCCAACUGUCUGAAACGGCAACUGGAAAUAUACAGCUUGCUUUAGGUCCAGAGUCAUCUAUUGAAGUUGGAUGGAAGAUGAAAGAUGUGAAAAGGUCGGCAGCCGGCGGACUGAAGUUUGGUACAAGUUCAUUUGAGGCAUCAGCUCAUUAUAGCCAUUGGUUUUCCUCAAAGUCCCAUGGCCGUAUUUCGGGAAAAGUCGGAAGCUCGACUCUUGAGGUUGAAGUUGGUGGUGGAAGGAAAUUAUCUAAUUUCAGCACCGUCCGCAUGUUGUAUUCAAUAGGAAUUCAGGGUAUAUUUUGGAGAUUUGAAUUGCAUCGUAGUGGCCAAAAGCUAAUUAUUCCCAUUUUGAUCUCAACACAUUUGAAUCCAAUGUUUGCAACUGGAGCAUUUAUACUUCCGACAUCCGUUUACUUUUUGCUCAAGAAACUCAUUAUAAAACCAUAUUACCGUAGAAGAGAGAAACAGAAGGCUUUAGAGAAUAUGGAAAAAACUUCUUCAAAGGUUCUAGAGGCAAGGGCAGCAGCAGAGAAAGCUCAGCAAUUGCUACAAAAUGUGGCCAACAGGAAAAGAAAUAGGCAACUUGAAACAAAUGGAUUGGUUAUUACUCGAGCAUCAUAUGGAAACCUUACUGCUUUGGGUAGAAAAGACGAGUCAAGUGCAACACAUGAUGAAUUGACAUCACAAGUCCUGGAUGUCACAUUACCUCUAAAUUUCCUGGUUAAUGAUUCUGGACAACUCAAGCUUCAUGAGGGUGUGAAGAAGUCGGGCAUCAUGGGCUUUUGUGAUCCAUGUCCUGGAGAACUUAAAAAGCUACAUCUGGAGUAUACUUACAGAGGGGAGAGAUAUGAGGUGGUGGUGGGUGACUAUGAGGAGUUGCUAAUACCACAGGAAGCGCACAGGAUCUAAAUUACAUCUGUUAUACUCAAGGCCUUGGUUACCUUUCGCAAUUUUGCUUGCUUCACAUGCCUGAGGUACCCCCAACUAGAUUGUGACCUUUUUUUUUUUCCAUUACAGUGAUUUUGUUGUAAUUUGUGUCUAAUAAGGGCGUUGAAUAAUAAUUAUGAAAAAAAAAUCACUGAUCUCUCAUGGUGAAAUUUAGUUCACUUUUUCUUUA